ACAGAUCGAGUGUGCUCGCACAGGUAUAAAAAGCCACGAUCGUGCCCGCCUGCGCGAAGUUUCGGUUCAAAUUUUGGAAAAUUCGCAGGAUCAGUCGCUUGGUAAAUGCUCGUUGGAGAUCAUCGGUCGCUAUGGAUUAUCGCUGCAGGAUGCUGUGGAUGCUGCUUGGUGUUCUGCUGAUUCAUCAAACUAGUGCCCAGUUUAACAUGCAACUCUGCCUGAGCUGUGCCGGCGGAGAAACUUCCUGUAAUGAUGAAAGAAUUGGUGCGUUUUCCUGUCCGAACGCAUCCGAUCACUGCUACGUACGCAACAUCAACGGCCGGAUCGAUCGGGGAUGCCUGCAAAACUUAACCAACGAGGCAGAACGUAACCCUUGCCUCAACGAGGCGGAUUCGUCCUGUUUGACGUGCAGCGGUUUGGUUUGCAACCGGGCAUUGUGGCCAACUUGCCACGUGUGCCAGGAAUCGACGGACGAUGCCACUUGUCGUGAUGGCCAGCCGGGAGCUGGAGCUUUCUGUGGGAGGUUCAGCGAGGAGUCCGGCUGCUUUGAGCGGAUCGUCAACGAAAGGGUUGAGCGAGGAUGUCGGUCAGACUUGGGCGAGGAUCCCUGUGAUGGGAACGAGCAUUGUCGGGUGUGUGAAGGCAGCGAUUGUAACAGGGAUGCUGCCCGGGAGUUCCAAGUAACUAAAUGUGUUCAAUGCAAGGCUGAUGGAACUGAUGAAGACGGAAGCUGCUUGAGUGGGAGCAAAGCUCCUACAAACUGUGGAGGGCCUUCCGAUGAGAAGUGUUACUCAAGAAUACUUCCAGGAGGAAUUCUCGAGCGAGGAUGUCAAGCAAGCUUGACGCAGGAUGAAGUUCAGAACUGUAAUGGAACCAGGUGUAAUAUAUGCCAGGGAGACGGAUGCAACAGAGGGGUCUUCCCGGUGGAUCGCCUAACUUGCAAUCAGUGCAAGUCAAACAACUCCACCGACUGUGGUAUGGGACUGACCGAUGAGUCCAAGACGGUAGUGUGUAAGAUCUUUAAGGAACACAACAGAUGCUAUUCCAGAUUCGGUCCAGACGAUCACUUUGAGCGAGGUUGUGAAGCGGACAUGGGUCUCCAGGCGAACGCCUGCGAUAACGUGCGAGACUGCAUGGUCUGUGCGGGCAAGAACUGCAACACGAUCGCCGCGGCCCAACUGGAGCAGCUUCCAAAGUGCCAGCGGUGCAGCUCGGCUGACGAUCACAACUGUGACGAAGGAUCCGUUACGCCAACGAUCUGCGGCGAUCAUCUGGAGGACGCUUGCUUCACCCGGAUUGAGAACGGUGUUCUGGAGCGGAACUGCCUGUCAACCCUCGGCGAAGCCGAAAAAGCCAAGUGUGACGACCCAGCGGACACUUCCUGCCACAAGUGCUCGGGACAGGGCUGUAACCAGCAAGAGUGGCUCAAAUGCUAUCAGUGCAAUUCCGCAACGGACAAGUCUUGCUCCGCAGAGCAAAAAGAUAACCACCACUCGGCGUAUUGUCGCCAUCAGCACGAUGAAGAUCACUGCUACACAAGGAUUGUAGAUAACAUCCUGGAGCGUGGCUGCCAGUCGGACCUGGGCGAGGACGUGGACGCGUGCGAUGAGCUGGACGACAAGCACUGCGAAGCUUGUGACGACGCCAGCUGUAAUGGAAUCUCGCAGAGUAAGCUCAGGAAUGCGGCCGCGAAUCUCGCUGGGAAUGUUGUGGUCAUGAUUACCGCCGCGGUGACGGUGGCUGUCAGAAUGAUUAGCACAGUUGUCUCUACCGGAAUCCAUCAAGAAGCUAACGUGUCUUACCGCUGCAUCAAGUGCACCACCUCCACCUUUGCCUGCAUGCUUGGCACGAAGGCGCCCGACCCGUGCAGCGUUCCGGACGACCUGUGCACCGUCCGUAUCGUGGAGGGCUUCUUCGGAAACGGUGUAACCACUCGCGGUUGUCUGGGGGACAUCGAGGAUCCCGCUGAGCGUGCCAGAUGCGAAGAUCCGGGUGACUUUUCGUGCGUAACUUGCGGUGACGGGAAUGCGUGUAACAACCAGGUGUGGCGAUCGUGUCACAUGUGUAGCGAGGUGUUGAACGAGACUUGCGCUGGGGAGCAGCAGAUGAUUUUGGACGCGCAGUACUGUGGGAACUACAGGGAACCGAACUUGUGCUACGAGCGGUUCGUUGGUGGGAGAGUUGAGCGGGGUUGUGAAGCGGAUCUGGGAGAGGAAGCUUGCGAUGGGAAUAAGGAGUGUUUGGUGUGCGAUCGCGAUGCUUGCAACAAAGACGAUUCCGUUACGUUCAAGGGUAGUCUGUGCCAUCAGUGUGAUUCGUUGAGUGAUCCGGAUUGUGCAGCGGGUGCCACCGACCCCACUCACUGUGGACAGGAAGAUGUCUGCAUCACAAGGGUAGUAGACGGAGUUCUUGGACGGGGCUGCCUUUCAAAACUGAAUGAAGAAGACCACAAAAAAUGUCAGAAUCCUGAAGAUGACUCGUGCUUGAUCUGCGAUACCGAGAGCUGCAAUACGAUUAUCUGGCUUCAGUGUCAUCAGUGCAACGGAACUUCGGCGUGUAACGAACAACAACAUGAUUCAGAACGAAAAUUCUGCCGAAAUUACGUCACCGACAACAGGUGCUACGAAAGAAUUGAGGAUCACAUGGUGACGCGAGGUUGUGAAGCUGAUUUGGCGGAAGAUGCGUGCGAAACUAGCUUGGAGUGUAGAUCCUGCGGGACGGAUUUGUGCAACAAGGAUGCUGCGCACGAGAUGCAUACAAGGCAGCGCUGCCAGCAGUGCAAUACUUUGGAUGAUGUCGACGGAGCUUGUCUUUUAGGAGUUGCACCAACUAAGCCUUGCAGGGUGGAGUCCACUGGAAAGUGUUACUCCAGAAUAGUUUCCGAAGGAGUUCUUCAUAGAGGAUGCUUAGGAAACCUGCCAGCUGAAGAAGCUCAAGCUUGUUCAACCGAAACCUGUUCAAUUUGUGGAGUCGAGGACUGCAAUAAGGGAUUGUUUCCGGAAAAUCGACUACGAUGCUAUCAAUGCAAUACCAGCGAGACUGAUAGCAGUUGCUCAGACAAGCCCAAGUCAGCAUACUGCCAAACUUACGACUCGGAAGACAGGUGUUACACCAGAAUGGUUGAUGAAGUUUUGGAACGUGGCUGCCAGUCGGACCUGGGCAAGGCGGUGAAUGCCUGUGAUAAGCUUGAUAACAAGCGGUGUCGACUUUGCGAUGGCGCCAACUGUAACGCUAUCUCGCCGGAUGCGCUGAACAACUUUGCAAGCAAGCUUGCAUUCGAUUCGAAGCUGGUGGCGCUGAUGUCUGCGGUGAUGUUCAUGGUUGUAUACGGAGUUGAUAUAAGCUAGAUGAA